GGUGCAAUCAAGAUAAAGAGCGCGCGUAAUUGUCAGGAAUGCAGCCAGCACUACAACUUUAUGGAAGCAAUGUGCUCCCCUGAUCAAGAACCCAGCUCUGCUUCUAUUUUGCCAAGUAGACAACAGGCCCCACAACUGCAACGACAGGUAUUCGAUUCCCAUUGCCCUGAAGUCACAACCCAGAUCUGGACAACCGCAUCUCCCACGAAGCCGGAAAAAAAUAUUCGAAUAUACUGGACUCGGGAGCGUAUCUCUGUUCUUGUUCUGACCGCACUCGGGUGUAUAGUACAGUGUGCCUCUUACUCCGUUCUACAGCCGUUCUAUCCGCAGGUGGCGAGGCAAAAGGGCAACGAUGCCACAGAAAUCGGUAUCGUGUUUUCCACGUUUCCUCUUAUCGGAUUCAUGUCGAGUCCUUUGGCCGGAAAAUUGCUAUCAUCUGGAAUUGCUCCGAAGUCGGUGCUGAUCGUCGGGCUUACCAUAGAUGGCGUAUUUCUUUCAACAAUGGGAUCACUAUCGUUAAUUAAGAAUAGUACAGGAUUUUUUGUGGCGUCCAUGAUUACGCGAUUGCUUGAAGCUGUCGGAUUUUCCAUUUGCCUGACCUGCUACAAUACGAUGAUUGGAGCGCAAUUUCCAGAUCGUUUGCGCAUCAUGGUGCCUCUUGUGGAAACAGUAUUUGGUUUCGGAAUCAUGAUUGGACCAGCAGUGGGCAGCGUACUGUACGAUAUUGGGGGAUACCAACUUCCGUUUAUCGUGUUCGGCGCGUGUAGCUUGACAUUUGCUUGUCUUGCAAUAGUCAUUCUGCCUAAUGAAAUGCGAACAAAUGAAAAUGCAGAGAGAACGAAAAACACUAAAGAAAAGGAAAAAAGCUGUGAUAUGAAAGGCUUGGCUCACCCGCUCAAAAUAAAGAGCUUAUUAUGUGAAUGGCGCGUUAUCUGUGAUAUACUAGCCGUGUUUGUGUGCUGCUUCGUAAUUGGAUUUAAUGGAGCUACCCUUGCCUUACGAACCAAGGAUUUAGGCGUAUCAUCCGCCUCGCAGAGCUCUCUGGUAUUCCUAACGUACGGAGUUGUCUAUGCCAUUUCUAGCCUGGCCAACGGAUUCCUUUCUAACCAAGUGGACCGAACGCUCACUGGCACUCAAGCUUAUACAACAGAUUGUCGCCUGCUCGUGCUUCUUGGAGGAGUGAUCUUUUGUACGGGUCUCGCAACCCUUGGCCCAAUGCCAAUGCUUCCUAUAAAACCGUCAUGGUGGCUUCUUAUGCUGAGUCAAGCUUUAAUGGGUAUAGGCAAUGGAGCUAUAUACAACCUUAGUUAUGUGCAUACGCUUAAAUACGUUAUCAAUCAGCUCAACUACCCGUCUAAGGCCCCAACGUACGCGCUUGUAGCAAGCCUAUACUCCAUGGCCUUUUUUUUAGGCGCAUUUCUUGGGCCAUUUUUGGGAGGAGUUCUGUUCGAUGUUGUGGGAUAUCGUUGGGCUACUACCGUAGUACUUCUUGUUGUUCUCAUUCCGAUGAUACCAACGUAUCCCCUGGUCAUCCGAGAUCAUACACGCGGCGUUCUUCAAAGCACACCACUCAGCAGGGAGGCAAUUUAAUUAGUUAGCUUUACGGAUGGUCAAUCGACUUAAUAGGACAGUUAUGCAUCAAUAUCUGUUGUAGUAGAAGUGACGACAACUUACAGCCUUCAUAAAGCCAAUUUCUGAUGUAUCUUGUGACUGACAGGUUUAAAGUAAGAACAACGAGUACCUGCGAGAAAUAGUUGUUAUUGAAGGUGCUAAUAUUUUGGAGUAUGCCCUGACU